CAUUUUUUCAUAUCAAAGAUUGCUUUUUGAAUAAGCAAAACCACCCAGACACUCUAUGAUGAAGCAGUAACAACAAAUGAAGGAAUACAGAUGAGAUGCAUGCAGGAAAAUCGCCGUGAUAUCCCUCUGCCACAGCGGCGUUCACAUAUAUUUAUUAAUUUCGGGCAAGAGUUCUGGGAUCUUUCAAGAUGUCCGUGGAAGCUUCUGAAUUUGUCUCCGACGAGGAUAUGGAUGAGCUGGGGGAAGACGUGUUCUCACACGUUACCUACGCGUCCGACUCUGAAAAGAAAAUAAAGAAAAAGAAAACAUCAAGCAAACCACCACACUCUCCCAGAUCACCGUAUUUGUGCAGUGCUAACUUAAACCCCGGGAAGACAACGUGGCCCACAGUGAAGGGGACAGUGCUCGGUGAGAGCUCCAAGGCACGGAUUCCCAGAGACGUCUGGCUAGCCUCACUGAGAAAUGGACACGGUCUGGUUCUCUUUUCCUGA